AUAAUGUCACUCAAAUAUUCUGUGGUUUAAUAUAUUACUUUAUUGUAAUUACACAGUACAAAAUAAUAUCACCGUUGACGCCGCCCGUAGGAAAUAUAGAGGAACCGGACACGAUCCCUUUGCUUUGGGACUACAGAAAUGCUAUUAUCUCCAAUCGACCUACCGACCUUCAGGUUUCACUAGUGCAAUAUAAAAGUGAGGCAUUCUAUCACGUCAGGGCGCGCGGUGACGCGUCGCCGUCGCCGAAGAGAAAUGCGACCGAAUUCGCGACGAUUCAUUUGACACGAUGCCGGUUCAUCGCCAUCGCGCGCCGACCCAUCCCGCGGACCCCCACACCCCGCCCGCGCGGAUCGUCUUUACAGGUGCGUAAGCGCAGGUACGCUCUCCCCUCUCGUCCCGCAGCCCGCGUCCCGCGCCCCGCGACACACACCUCCCGCCAUCUUGAAUUCCGUUCACUCAGACCCGCGCCCGUCUCGCGGCCAGCGCACGUUUACGCUACGAGCGACAAAACAAUUAUCAAUUUGUAGUGCCUUCGGAGUGAUUUGGUGUCAUGUGAUAAGUGUAGUGACGAAAUGGAGUCGACUCCUAUAUGCAGGUGCCGCGUGCUGUACCUAGGCUCGGCGGUGCCGCAGCAGAGCAAGGACGGACUACAAGGAAUCCAGGAGCCCUUGCGCGAGUUGUAUCCGGAAAAGGGAGCGACAGGCGGCGGUAUAGACUCGUGGCUGUCGGUCUGGUCCAACGGAAUUCUACUGGAGAACGUCGACGAGAGCGGAUCGCGGGUUGCGAGAUUUUUUCCGAUAUCGAGUUUACACUACUGUGCGGCGGUGCGCCGCGUGAGCGUCGAGGGUGCGCCCAGAUUCCUACCCUUGGACUCUCCUUUCGCACGAGCCCCUGCUCCUCGACGGCCGCCUUUGUUCGCGGCGGUUUUGCGCCGGACGCAAGGUAUCAAAGUGCUGGAGUGUCAUGCUUUCAUAUGUCGUCGCGAGGCGGCGGCGAACGCUCUCGUGCGGUGUUGUUUUCACGCCUACGCCGAUAGUUCUUAUGCGAAGCGUCUGGAGGCUGAGAGGUCGCCCUCUCAGCUGCCCCCCGAGCCCGAGGAGGAGCUUGAGGUGUACGACGGGGACGAGAACCACAAGGUGUGGGUCGGGGAGGUGGAUCGCGACGACGCGAGCGAUGACAUACCGCACCCGGCCCGAGUGCCCCGUCCGCGCCAGAUAACCCGUCCUGCCUCCGUGCCGCCCCCGCCGCCGCCGCCAGAGGAACCGAAAAAGAAGUCGACCACUAAAAAAAGUAAAAAGAAGUCAUCCGCUUCCGCCGAUGAGUUGUACGCGACCAUGCCGGGACCGGCCCCGAUGAUGAACGGUAGGUCUCUGGGCCGGACGCCCCCCGCCUGGGCAGCCGCCCAUCCCAUGGUUUUGGUCGCACAUCCAGCCGCUACGUUGCCCCACGCGCGGCCAGCGACGCUGGGCCACAGAGGACGGGUGCCGGCGGCGCUGGCCCCCGGGCCCUUCCCCGCGGUGCCACCGCCUGGACGGGGCCGCAUGCAGUACGCCACGGUGGACCCACGCCGCUCAAAACCGCAGCCGCCGUCCAUGAAGGCGGCUCAGAGCAUGACGGGCCUAGAAGCUGUAGAGGACGCCGGUGGGAUUUACAGAAAGAAGGGACAUUUGAAUGAGCGAGCCUUCUCGUACAGCAUUAGACAGGAACACAGAAGUCGAUCGCACGGCUCUCUCGCCAACCUGAAGUUCGCCGCUCCGCCUGAGGUGGAGACAGGUCGAGAAGAGCUGAAGAAGGAGCGGGAGAUAAUGCAACUGGUGGCAGGUCUACAACUGGGUCCAGACGAGAUGGAGCGCCGAGAAAUGCCGCCGCACAUGAUCAGAUCCAGGCACGGUCCUAGAUAACACCACGCCAUGGGAGCGUCGACGUGCGACUGUCAAGCAGCACGUGUCCACCGGAAAUGACAAUCACUUUACCUCGAUUCAUGUUCGAUUUACGGAUCCAAAACUGUAUAAUUUACCCCAAUCGCAACGUUAUCUAUCGACUGCUCGUACUGUAUCCAUUUUGUCAACCGCAAACACAAUUUUGUACACAGUUACGAUAGCCGAUUCGUAAUCGAUACCUAUAAACAUCGAUUUGUCACGAACGCGGCAACUUUCGAAUAUACGAUUCUAAAUCGUUGGUCCGAUUUGCCGUGAACCUUAAAAAUCUAUUAACUUAUUGAGAUAUGAUGAAUAAGUUUUUUUAGAAUUAUUUCAUGCAACGAAUACAUGUUGGUUUUAAGAAUUUAUUCUGUACUUAAAAUACAUUAGUUUAAAAUAUUAUCCUUUACGUUGGUUGUAAACAAUUAGUGUAUUUAUCGUGAAAUGUUGAACAGAUAAAAUAACUAACUACAUUGUUUGGAACAUCAC